UAUAUAACCUACUUUUUGUUGUUUGCAGGAGCACGUUACUGACGAGACAGCUCCCGGGAGAUAUUGUUUAUCUGACGAAGGACCUGACUGGGUUUUUCCAUGACACAUUUCAAGGAGGGUGACGUUGCAACACUUCGUGCAUGUAACACAGAAGGUUCACAAUCAUGACUACAGGAGAGUGCGCGGCUCUUUGGACUGUGGCCACCCUGUCAGUCGUUAGUACACUCGUCAACGGUCAACUUCCAUGCCAUACUAAUGGCUGUCUCCAUGGUAACGGUGGUCUCCGGUGCAAGUCAUGUUUGCCUGGGUGUUACGGCUCCAAUUGCAGUUCCUCAUGCCAUGGAAGCUGCCACACAGACGGCUGUGACAGAGACACUGGUCUGUGUUUUAGAUGUCGACCUGGGAUCUACGGAGAAGACUGCGCCAAAACAUGUCCGCAACAAUGCGCCAACAGUAUGACAGGCGGGACUGUCUACUGUGAACGACACACAGGCGCGUGUUCUGAAGCAUGUACACGAGGAUGGACUGGUACACACUGCAGUGAACGAUGUCCGCCCAACUGCAAGGGUCAAACCUGUAACAAGCAAACAAAACAGUGUAUCCUUGGUUGUGAGACAGGCUGGACAGGAGGCUACUGUAAUUCAACAUGUGACAACUGUCUGAUGAAGAGAUGCAACGACAACGGCUAUUGUCUGCUGAGGUGUAAAGCGGGCUUCUUUGGACAGGGUUGUGAGAAGAGAUGUCCACACUGCUGGACUACUGGUUGUGACAGACGGACUGGGGUAUGUGAACAGUGUCAGCCUGGUUACCAUGGAAACCGUUGUAACGAAAGGUGUGCUGAGACAUGUUAUAAAGGUCGGGAGGGUCAUAGAAACUGUGACCGCGACACCAAGGCGUGCCUGGAGGGCUGUGAAACUGGAUGGCACGGUUCUCAUUGCCAUACACCGUGCAGUGCCUCCUGCAUGUCCUCAUGUUACAGCCGCGAUGGCUCCUGUGUAGAUGGCUGUGUAGCAGGUUACUAUGGGAAACAUUGUCACAGGAGAUGCAUUCAUGAAAACUGUAAAAACAACACGUGUGACCACAAUGGUCAUUGCACGGAAUGUGAAGAUGGCUGGUUUGGAGAAGACUGUGAUCAGCAUUGCCCAGCACUGUGUGAGUCUUGUCUUCGAGACACUGGACAAUGUUCACGAUGUUCCGAUGGUUACCAUGGCCCUGGCUGUGCUGAACGUUACCAAUACCCAUGCAGCGAGAACUGUGAGACAUGCGACCAGACAACGGGGUGUACAAGGUGUAGAGAAGGACAUUCCCUUGAAGACAGCAAAUGUACCUCCACGCUCCCCUCAACAUCUGGGGCAGAUUCUGUGAAGCAAACGCUACAUAAAAUGAAACAUGCGUUUACUGUUUCUCUAGCAUUUCUUAUCUGUGUUUGCGCUAUGACAUGGCGUAUCUAGAAGAUAAGUUGCUAUCUUAGUUCCUAGUAUUCAUGUACGACUUAAAACAGAUUAUUAUGUAUGAUUUCAGUAAAACAACUUCAAGCGAUACAGUAGAUGUAAUGUGCACUCAAUAUUGACUCCGUCUAUAUGUCAUUAAGCAUUUUGUAUAUUGCCAAAAUGUUCUGCAUAUGAUUUUGUUACAAAAUAUGCCUUAGUUUUUAUUUGGUAUUCGUUGCGUGAUGUAAGUUAAUGAUGAUAUUAAACAUGUAUAUAGUGUUAAUAUUACAUAAUUGUUUUUGUUAAUUCUGUUAUAUGUUAUAUAAAAUAAAUAUCUGUGUUACUAUUCUUAA